GUUUCAUAUGAAUAGCUAAUGCGCAUCUAUAUCUUGAUUCUUAACUAAAGUUAAUAAUCUAUGUUAAUGUUUACAUAUUUCCAAUUUUUUGAUAGUCAUAAUGCAUUAUUAAUGUAAUAAGAACGAUUAUAUUUCUUUGAAUGUUUAUUCGCCAUGAAAUGUGAAGUCUUAGAUGAAGAAUCUCUGCGAUUACUAUCCUAGUUGCAAGCAUAUCACAGUUUGUGAUUUAUUGUCUUAGUCCAAAGUGUUUCUAUUAGAAUUUUAAUAGUUUAAUUAAUUGAGCGGCAUUUACAAUAUUGCAGUGAUCAAAAUUUAAAAUUAUUUAAAAUAAGCAUAUUCACAUAAUUGAUUGGAUAUGUCUUGUCAGAUAAAAGGAAUUGCUAAUCUAACCAAUACAAGUAAUAUCAAAGAGUUACUUUUCGGAGAUAUUACUAGGAGACAUGACAUUCCAAAAGAUGAGUUACCAUUACAAGACUGUUUUAUAUCGUUAUCAUCGGCUGGAGAUGUUCUUGCUAUGGCAAAUAAUACAAAGAUGAUUAUAUUAAUUUUGAAUGGAUAACGUCUGUCAUUUGUUUACCAUUAUUGUCAUUGGGAAAAGCUAGUAGUGGCACUAAUCCAGAUUGGACAUGUAUUAUAGUUGGUUUUAAUACUGGUUUUAUUAGAUUUUACACAGAAACAGGUGCAUUAUUAUUAGGGGAACAAUUGCAUAAUGAACCAGUUGUGGGAUUAAAAUGUCAAUCUUUUCGUGCCCCUAAACACAUAGGUGAUACGGGUUUGGCUGAAGAAGUUUAUGUAACAUAUAAUAGUGUUAUAUGUGUAUUACAAGGUUUUCCUUUGUUUUCUACACUAAGAGCAUGUAGAAAUCAUUUAGCUAGAGUUCAAGCAAACUGUGAUGAUCUACCACCUAUUACAAAUUUAUCAUAUAAGAAGUGGGGUUAUAAAAGCCAAGAUAUUGUAAAUGAUUCAGAAGUAAUUGGUAGCACUUCUGUAAAUAGUUUUGAUCAUUUAAUGACAGCCUCAAUUUGUGGUGGAUAUAAUGCAUCUUACAGAUCUAGUGCACCACAGCAUAAUUUGGUCCUUGCAACUGGUAAACGACCAUUUGUUGGUUUUCAUUAUGCAUUAGAAGGUGGUUCAGCUCCAGUUCUAUCAGAUGUUGCAAUAGCAAUGGCCAGCAAAUUAGCAAAUGCUAUUGGAACUGCUGUUCCUUGGCUUCCUCUUAAUUGGGGAAAUUCAAAACAUCAGGCAUCACUCGAAGCAUCGAAAAUUAUUGCUCAUGAACCAGUUGAACCAAUGACUUGUAGAUUCGGAUUAAGUGACGUUAUGAGAGAGGGUUACUCAAUAAUAUCCAGUCCAAAUAAAGCAUUAUCAGUAAUAUUAGACGCAAUGGGUAGAGUAUUAUUAGUAGAUAAUAGAUGUUGCAUAGCCACAAGAAUGUGGAAAGGUUAUAGAGAUGCACAAUGUGGUUGGAUUGAAGUGGAAGAGGAGAAACAUUCUGGAAUGCAUAAAGCAUUUACUAAAUUUAAACAAACUCCGCAACUGCGUUCUGCUUUCUUUUUAGUUAUUUAUGCUCCCAAAAAGGGUGUAAUAGAUAUAUGGAGUACUCAACAAGGUCCUAAAAUUACUACAUUUACUGCUAGUAAACAUGGUCGAUUACUCUAUGUCAAUUACGGUCUUGUUGGUGUGAAUGAUAAUAUACACUUAUCCAAAAAUAAGCCACAAUAUUCGUGUGUUUUUAUGGAUCCACUUGGAGGAUUGAAAGAAAUUACAGUACCAUUUCAUUUCGCUCUUAGUAGUAAAAAUGGAAAAAGAGCGCGUGAUAUACAUUUACUUAAAAAAUUGAAAACAUUUUUAAGAGAAGAAGAUUAUGAAUAUGAUAAAUUAAUAUCAGAAAUUGAAAAUGUGUGUUCAGAUUUGAAGAGUAAUGAAAUAAAAGUACAAACAUUAGAAAUGUUAAUGUCAAAUAAAAAUAUUAUUCCUGAUGCUUUACUCGCAGCAACAAAUUGUUUUAUCAAAAAACUAGAUGAAUAUGAAAAAGAAGAAAUGGAACCUACAACAAAAAUACUUUAUUUAUUAGCAACGCAGUUGCAACAAAUAAUUAAUUUUUAUAAACAUAUUAAAUCUCAGUUUGAUACACCAGAGCAUAAUGCUUCUAUAGAUGAUAAUAAAAGUUUAGCUUCAACUUUACUAACUAAUGAAAAAGAAGUGCAUAGAAUUUUUGAAUUGUUUAAUAAACUGAAUUAAUGUACGAAGGUUGUAUACAUUCGUAUGAUAGAAUUGAGAAAUGGAAAGAUGCUGCUAAGAAUAGUAAUAUUCAACCAUUCGUUUUUAUGAAAUUUGCUUUAAUUUACUGGCUUAAUAAGAAACGAGAUAUGUGUUUAGAAGUAGAAUUAAAACAAUUUACACAACUCUUAAAUGCUAUUUGUUCAAUGGCCAAUGUUGAAGAAAUAUGUGCAGAAUAUAAUGAAAUAUCUUUAUGGUGGAAAAAGGUUCGUAAUAUUCUCUUGGACUCAACAAAUCCAUUUAAUGCACUUACUGCUGCUUUGAUGUGCAGAGCUGUUGCUAUGUCUAUAGAAAGGUACAAAGAAAAGUAUAGUAAUAAAACUGAGGACAAUAAUGAUCAGGAAGAAAAAGAUGUUGAAAAUAAAAAUGAUUUGAAAGAGGAAAAACGUCAAGAUUCUGCAAACAAUUCAAAAUCAGAUGAUGAAAUGUAUAAUUUAACAAAUGAAUGGGAAAAUAUUACUAAAGAUACUUGUCAAUUUACAUUACUUAUUGGAAAUCUUGAGGAUAUUACAAUUUUAGAUGCUAUUGUAAGGUUCUGUAUCAGAGAUAGUUGCAAAAUGGAUUACUUCUACCGGUAUCGAUCCGUCUCAAUUAAUAGAUACAACAGAUACGGAAUUCGAUCACAUACGACCAACAAGUGAUUCUUUAGAAAUAGCAAAUUCUUCAGACGAAAUUUGUAAUGUCAAUGAUAUUUCACAACCUAAUUUAGAAAAGCCUUUUUCCGAAACUCUCGAUGCAAAAAGUGAAGACAAAGACAGUACAAAUGCUACUAUUUCAUGUAUUUUAGAAAGAAUUAAAACAUUAAAAAAUCAUUUUCCAUAUAGUUUAACGACUAGUGUCCUACUAGCUAAUAUUUGUUGGGAAUUUGCAAUGUCAUGGAAUAAAGAUAUUUCACAAUUGCAGUCUCUUGAAGCUGCAUUAUUUGUUUUACGACUGAUACCAAUGAAACGUAUGAGGCACGGUGUAUGUUGUUUAUUAUGGUCAGUUCAUAUAAAAAAGCGAAUGGAAGCAAUUGCAAAAUUAAUUAAUAAGCUUGGCAAACUACCAAAAGAAAGAUUAUGUACACAGGAAAUCGGUUUAUCUGAUAUUCAAGCAGUUGUAUUUUUACAAAAUAGUGUUACAUUUUUAGAAAUUUUCAUUGAUUCUGAAAUACUUGAAGUAGGAGAGAAUAUUGUAUUUAAGUCAGAGGAACUAUGGGAAGGAUGCACUUCUGGUCCACAACCAUUUGCUGCAUUAGCUAUUUCUCAAGCAUCCGCUUGGUAUGAUCUAAUUAUGUUACAUUUACAAUUAGCCAAUGUCUUAUACAUGAUGGCGCAUUUUAAUUUGAAACUUGUAAAACCGUUAAAUAAUUUAUUUGACUCUGUGGUGCAGCCAUAUUUCUUUCAAUCAAUGGCGGACAAAGUAAUGCUCACAUGGUAUAGAGACGAUAAAAGAGAUAAUGUAAGAACCAUAUUUUUAUGCCGAGUAAUUAAUGCAUCAAUGGAUUUUAUUCAUCAAGAAACAACGGAUGGUAAAAUGAGUAGUUCAAUGCAAGCUAUUCAAUGGAUGAGCAGAUGUCAAACGUUAGCAUCUGUUUGGAAAAUUAAUAAUGAUGAACUAAGAAUACAUCAAGUUUGUCAAUUAUAUAUGAUUGGUUUUGAUCGUUUAGCAGAAGAAGUUGUUACUGCCGUAAAUGAUGUUGAAAAAUUAGCAGAAAAUCUUUUGCCGAUUGCUGGAAGAAGAAUGAUGGCAUAUCUUUCGAAAUCGCCUGAUCUCUUAGAGGAAGUUUCUCGCAUAAGUCCCGCUCUUACUAAAUAUUUAGAAAGUCUUGAUGUGCCGGAUAUAAUUUAUACGAAUUGUUCAAAUGAUGACAGUAUUGAAUUAAUACGACGAAUUUCAAGACAUUUGCCCGAAACACAUUCUAAUUAUCAUCUCGCACAAUUGAUGUUGGAUGCGAAAGAAAAGAAGUGGAAAAAUUUUGUAAGAAUUUCGACGAAAUUCAAGAGAUUCCCUUUUGGGGAGAGGCCAGAAACCAAUGUUUCGUCCUCGACCGAGCUAUUUUCUUUGACUUCAGGUUCACGAGCAGCGGAAAUUCGACUGCGGAAAUUAGUCUCGUGA